ACUUACUAUAUAAGGUUAAUUACAUAUAUUUAAAUGUAUUUGUGUAUAUUAAUUCAGCGUUACCAUAGAGACACAACUUCCUUCAUUUGUUUUUUUGUUUCAAAUAACAAGCGUAACCAAAGGACUAAGUAAACAUGCCGAAAGUGUUAUUUCAAAAGAAUAAAAAGCAAGCCAGCGUCAUUGACCCGCUGAAACAUGCUGCCAAAUUAAAAGAAAUCGAGGAACGGCAUCUCACGGAAGGCACAGAAACCGAGGAAUUCCGAUUGGAUUACAUGGGCGAAGACGAGAUGCAUAUUGAUGAGGAGAAGAGCGAGUUCAGUUUAUCUGAGGGAGAACCGGCGUUGAAUAUCGGCAAGAUUGAUUUGUCGUUUCCCGAGACAAUCGAUGAAUUCCAAGAUAGUCCGCAAUGCUAUCCCCCCUCGUAUUACACCUUAUCGUCCAAGGAACGUCUUUUACUACUCUAUGCCGAAAACUUUCGAAAGCAAUUUGUAUUCAGCCAUCCAAAGCGACGACCCAUGGUCCUUGCAUUGCCCAAUGAAUGUAAAGUCCAGAAGUUCGUUUGUACCACAAUUAGGCCGACUGCAUUUGUGUAUCCACAGUUGAUUUCUAGCCUAGAGGAAAUAUCUAAAUUCGUUGCCGAUUUCAUUCAAUAUGAACCUCUCGAUGAUCAAAUUAAUUUGCCCACACGUCUCAUUUCACCCGAUACAUUGCUGCGAAAACGAAAGGGUAAUUCAUAUGAGAUGGCUACUCUAUUGGCUAGCAUGCUUAUUGGGGCAGGACAUCCAGCUUUGGUUGUAUCUGGUGUGGCACGUGAAGAGACUGUCAUUAAUGAUCAACUUGAUAUUCCCUAUCCAUUUCCAAUUGAGGAGUUUGAAGCUGAAGAGAAAAAACCCGUAGAAGAAAAAUCGGGACACAAGUAUAAGUUGCGUCCACUACCGGACUUGGAAAGUCAUUUGGAAGAAGAAAUGGCCGAGGUGCACCGAAAAAAGGCUGAAGAACAAAAUCUGAUUGAAGAGAAUAUCGUACGAAAGCAAAUGGAGGAUCUGGAAUUGCUUGCUGUAGAUCGUUAUCAUUACCGUCGCUCACAUGCCUGGGUAGUGAUUAUAAACAAUGCUCCUUGGAGUAUAAAACCACGCAUUACCUACACAGAUGUAAAUGGUGAUGUUGUCGAAGCGCCUCCUUCAGCCAUUUUCAUUGAGCCUUCAACUGGGUUUAUAUGUGAGACUAGCUGUAAGCAAUAUAUUUUGGUUGACAGUGUUUGGAACCAGUACAAUUAUUACGUUAACAAGCAGACUUAUCAGAGAGUCGGCGAUUUACGCUGGGAUCUUCGAGAUACAACUGACUGGGAGCAUAUGCUGCCAGGUGAACCGCCAGAAAUGCGGGUCUAUAAGAAAUCAUCAGAUGAAAAUAUUGCUGAAGAGGAGCAUGAUAUAAACGAUGAAAAGCAUUUGGAUGCAAUAUGCAUAUGGGUUGAUAAACUGCAUAUUGGUCUAGCUGACUUUGAACAACGAUUUCCAAACUCUGCCAAAGAGAUUCAGUAUAAGGGGGCGAUACAUGAACGCUUCUCUCCAUAUGCCCAGGAAGAUGGCAAGGUCAUGCAGCUAACUCUUUUCAAUGACAACGAGUGUCGGAGUCCACGAGUUCGCUAUGAGUACUAUGAGAAUCGUUUCGACCUAAUGCGUUACCUGAAAUACACAUAUGCCACCGACAAAUAUGAGGAGAUAUUCGCCAAAGGAAGAAACGAUAGUUUAAAAUCAAUGGAGUACUUCUCGGAUCAUUCGAUGCAACGCAUAAUGCAUUUCUUUUCAAACUCUAGACUAGACUCUUUAGAGUGUGUGGAACUUAAUCCGGGUGUAACUGUUUUACACUAUAAAGGACGCUCUGACAAUUGUUGGUACAGGGAGUUUGAGUAUAAGCCGGAUUCAUCUACGCUUAAGAAAGUCACCGAGAAAUUUAAUAAAGGACCUUCCUAUGAUGUGGUGAAAAAUGACAUAGCCACAAGAACAUUCCUAUUUCAGCAAAAUAAAAUUGUAUUAAAAUUCCAUUAUACCUUCGGAGCUCUAACUGCAACAACAGUUGAGUUUACUAAACCACCGAAGCCCGACUAUGGCAAGGAACUUGUUUAUGAUGAGAAACUAACCAAAAUAUAUAAAGCAAAUCCCUUAGAUCCCCAUCGCACCAAUUUGGAAUUGUAUAGAUUGCUAUUAGACCAACUUCAACAGGAGGAUCGGGUGUGCAAGCAAUUUGAAAAGAUUCAUGAGGAUAUAAAUAAUAUUCUGGAUUUGCGCAAGACUGAAAAAAGUGAACCUAAGUUAAAAUUCCGAAUCUUUGAUCCACUGCGUAACGGAGCCGCCAGAGCCAUACGAAUGAAACAGUUUGAGGAGGAAGAAGAGCACAAAAGAGAGGUUGCUAGUAAGCCAGCUGAUUUCUUGGCUCCAUACCUCAUUCCCUAUAAGCAUCAAGAGGAACUGACACCCGAGCAAUCCCUGUACGCUUAUAAUGAAUGCUUAAAUGACUUGAAAACCCGAUUUGUCAAUUUACUAAAUAAUCUGCAAAGACAAUACGAAGAUUUGACCAGCGAAUCAAAAUCUCUUACUCGAUUCCUUAAUAAAUUUGAAAAUCAAUUCAACAACUACGAUUAUAGGAGACUCGUUGAACAGGCAAAGGCUUUGGAAUUAAAUAAACGCAUGGUUCAGCAACGUUUGACCUUGACACACGAGGAAUCCCAAAAGAAAUAUGAAGAAGUCAAAGCAUCCUUACUGAAAGAUGCUCGUCUGAAUUUAAAAACCGAUGAGAUGAAGAACUCUGAGGAAUCCAAAUAGGUUAAUGCAUAAAUAUUUUCUAUAAACGAGUAAAAUUAAAAAUAACAAAAUGAUUAAAAACGAUUUAUGACUGAUUGUUAACUUAAUGUCAAACGAGACUAGUAACUUCUCACCAAGUUUUAAUAAAAUUAAAAAUAAAUUAAAAGCAUUCCUAAAA